UGGUUUCUUGCAGUUGACAGCAUUGGAAGUCGAAGUGUACUGUGAGGUUAGAAGGGACGCGUCUCAUUCGCACGUGGUUCUAGUGUGUAUCGAGUUUAUAUUUUUUAUAGUUUCUUAAAUAUAUAUUAAAGGAACAACAUGGGUAGACCAGGAUUUUCACCAGGCAAUCGCGGCGGCGGUGGCGGUAGAGGAGGCUUCGGCGGCGGCCGCGGUGGUGGAGGUCGAGGUGGCGGCGGCCGUGGAGGAUUUGGAGGUGGCGGUGGCCGUGGAGGAUUCGGAGGAGGUGGUGGUCGAGGCGGUUUCGGAGGCCGAGGCGGCGGUGGCCGUGGAGGUGGUAGAGGAGGUGGUGGACGCGGCGGCGGUGGUCGCGGAGGAAGAGGAGGCGGUGGUGGUGGCUUCAAGGGAGGCAAAACCGUUGUAAUUGAACCGCAUAGGCACGAGGGAGUUUUUAUUGCACGUGGAAAAGAGGAUGCUUUGGUUACACUUAAUUUUGUGCCAGGAUCUGAGGUCUAUGGAGAAAAAAGAAUUUCUGUUGAGACUGAUGGUAACAAAUUAGAAUACAGAGUGUGGAAUCCUUUCAGAAGUAAAUUAGCUGCAGCUAUAUUGGGAGGUGUUGACCAAAUCCACAUGCCACCUGGCAGUAAAGUAUUAUACUUAGGAGCAGCUUCUGGAACAACUGUUUCUCAUGUAUCAGAUGUUGUGGGGCCAGAAGGAUUAGUGUAUGCUGUUGAAUUUUCACACAGGUCAGGCAGAGAUCUGAUAAAUGUAGCUAAGAAACGUACGAAUAUAAUUCCAAUCAUUGAAGAUGCCAGACACCCUCAUAAAUACAGGAUGUUGAUCGGUAUGGUUGAUACAAUUUUUGCCGAUGUUGCGCAACCUGACCAAGCCAGAAUAGUUGCCUUAAACGCUCAAUAUUUCCUUAAAAAUGGUGGACAUUUUGUAAUUUCAAUUAAAGCAUCUUGUAUUGAUUCAACAGCACAACCAGAAGCUGUUUUUGCAUCAGAGGUUAAAAAGUUGUUAGCUGAUAAGUUGAAACCUCAAGAACAGAUCACAUUGGAACCAUAUGAAAGGGAUCAUGCAGUUGUGGUGGGUGUUUAUCGACCACCACCCAAAAACUGAUUUUGAUAAUUAGUGUAAGUGAUUUUAGAAUAGGUGACACAAUUUCAUUUUGACUAUCAAUUAUGUUGUUAAAUGUAACACUUUAUAUAGUGUUUGAUUGAUUUUUAUAUUGUACAAAUUUUAUCUUGAAUUGUAUGAACUUCUCCAUUAUGUACUUGAUAGUAGAAAUAUAUAUAUUUGCUUCAGUUCUGUAUUUUUAUAAAAGAUAAUCUGUUUAAUAAACAAUAUCUUAAUAACAA